AAAGGAACCCAAAAAUGUGAUGUGUGUGCGGAAAGUCGGGGCAAUAACGAACUUCCGCUGCGAAUGUUCCCGACGUGGAAAGGACUCCGGCUCUCUGUCUCUCUACCCCUCUGCGUUUCUCUUUGUGCGCUAACUUUCUCCCUCUCUCACUUCAAAACCAAAAACUAGAGAGAGAAAGAGAGGCCUUGAGCAUGACACCUCUGUUUCUUCUUGUGAUUGCUGCUCUCCUUCGCUCUUCCAUCGCUCAGGAUUUCGAUGUUCGCCAGCAUCUCUCAACUGUUACGAGAUAUGGAGCUGUUAAAGAUGUCAGUGAUGAUAACUACAUGGAUCUUAGUGUUCCAAAUGGAUGUACUGCAGUUCACUUAAACCUUGUGGCAAGGCACGGGACACGUGCUCCUACCAAGAAACGUAUCAAGGAAUUGGAUCAACUGUCUUAUCGUUUAAAAGAACUUUUAAAUGAUGCAGAAAGGAAAGCAUCUGAUGGUGACAAGUCCCUUGAGAGCAUCCCUACUUGGUUAAGGGGAUGGCAGUCCCCAUGGCAAGGGAGAAAAAAAGGUGGAGAACUAAUAUCCCUGGGAGAGAAUGAACUCUAUGAUCUUGCCAUAAGAGUUAGGGAAAUGCUUCCAGAACUGUUCAAUGAGGAGUAUCACCCUGAUGUUUUUCCAAUCAAAACAACACAGGUCCCUCGAGCAUCUGCUAGUGCUGUGGCAUUUGGCAUAGGUCUGUUUUCCGAAAGGGGAAGUCUUGGGCCAGGACGCCAUCGUGCCUUUGUAGUUACAAGUGAGAGUCGGGCUAGUGACAUUCAUCUGAGAUUCUAUGAUACUUGUACAACAUACAAGCAAUACAGAGAAAGUCAGGAGCCUUCUGUGCAGAAGCUUAAAGAACCUACUUUGUUGGAGGUUUCCUCUGCCUUAAAGAAACGCUACCACCUAAACUUCACCGUACAGGAUAUUUGUUCCCUUUGGUUUCUCUGUAAGCAGGAAGCUUCUCUGCUUGACAAAACUGAUCAAGCUUGUGCCCUUUUCAGCCCCACUGAGGUUGCAUUACUUGAGUGGACAGAUGAUCUGGAGAUAUUCAUAUUGAAGGGUUAUGGUAAAUCACUGAACUAUCGCAUGGGAGUACCAUUGCUCCGGGAUGUUUUCUAUUCCAUGGAACAAGCCAUUGUGGCUAGGGAAGAGAAUUGUCCUUUGGGCACUUAUGAAAAAGCAAGACUAAGAUUUGCUCAUGCGGAGACUGUGAUACCAUUCACAUGUCUGCUUGGACUAUUUCUAGAAGGCUUAGAGUUUGAGAAAAUACAGAAAGAGGAGCCAUUGGAGCUACCUCCAAAACCUCCCAAAGAAAGAAAAUGGAGGGGAAGCAUAGUUGCGCCAUUUGCCGGAAACAACAUGCUUGUGCUGUAUGAGUGUAAAGGCAACAGUUCUCAAAGCACAAGAGAAUUUGUCGACAGCAGUGGCAAGUAUUUUGUGCAAGUUUUGCACAAUGAGAAACCAACUUUGAUGCCGGGCUGUGGGAAUAACUACUUGUGUCCUUUUGACAUUUUCAAGGAGAAAGUUGUUGAUCCCCAUCUUAAGCAUAGCUUCAAUUUGAUCUGCAAUGCAAGGGUGGAGACAACAGAAAUCUGUUCCAUUGCAUGUAAAUUCAUAAGGUUUUUCAGUAGGCUCGUCUUUCUCAAGGGGGAUGAAAAAUCAAAGUCCGGUGAGCGAGCAGAGCUGUAACAUGUUCUCAAAAAACGUGAGCCCCAUCAAAGUUUGGCAGUUUUGACUUAAAUGGUUUCCUUUAUUCUCUCACAUGAGCCUGUUUGCAAUGGACCUUGGUUUCAUCUCCCUCCUAGAGAAACAGAAGGGCCUAAUAGACUGAUCUGUGUGCUUGUAUCACUCUGGGAAUUGAAUGGCAUUUCCCAAUAUCACUGUAAAAGUUUAGUCAUAUAAUUCGAGUUUGGUGCAUGAACAA